AUGAUGAAAUCGCUUUAUGUUCUUUUUAACCCGAAGGUUUCUCCCGGCAAGAUAGAUUUUCCGGUCGAUGGUCGAGCUUCGCCGGACGAGUCUCACUUCAUAUCUCUGAUUCAUGCGUGCAAAGAAACCGUAAGUCUCCGCCGUGUUCACGCACAGAUCCUCCGUGGUGGCGUUCUCAGUAGCCGCGUUGCUGCUCAGCUGGUUCCUUGCUCUUCUCUUCUCAAGUCCCCGGAUUAUAGCCUCUCCAUAUUCAGACAUUUGAAAGAGAAGAAUCUGUUUGUUUUCAAUGCUUUGAUCCGUGGUUUGACGGAGAAUGCCCGUUUCAAGUGCUCGGAUCGUCAUUUCAUUCUCAUGUCGAGGCUUGGUGUGAGACCUGAUCGGCUAACCUUCCCGUUUGUACUCAAGUCUAAUUCUAAAUUAGGGUUUAAAUGGUUGGGUAUGGCUCUCCAUGCCGCGACUUUGAAGAAUUUUGUUGGCUGUGAUGACUUCGUCAGGGUCUCUUUGGUCGAUAUGUAUGCCAAGACGGGAGAACUAAACUAUGCAUUCCAAGUGUUCGAAGAAACUCCUGAGAGAAUUAAAAAGGGGAGUUGGGCGGUUCAUGGACGGUUUCAAGAGGCUAUCCUUUGUUUCAGACAAAUGAUGUAUUCAGGAGAGAAGCCAGACGAGGUUGUGUUUCUUGCGGUUCUAACUGCAUGUUUGAACGCUGGCGAAGUAGAUUUGGGGAUUAAUUUCUUCGAUAGCAUGAGGCUUGACUAUGCGAUUGAGCCUACACUGAAACAUUAUGUCAUCGAGGCACCGGAGCUUCCUUUGGAUUUGGUGACAGAGGAGAUUCUCACGAGACUGCCAGCAAAAUCACUGAUGAGAUUCAAGUGCGUCUCAAGGCAGUGGUUGUCGGCGAUCAGCUCCGAAUAUUUCAGCAACCGUUUUCUUACGGUUCCAUCCCCUCGCCUUUACUUGAAUUUACGGAAUCUCGACGACAAAGAUAGCUUGGAAAUACUCUCGUUGGUUCCUUCAAGCACUAGUAGUACUACUCCGUCUUCCUUUGUAGUUGACCAUGAUCUGACCAUCCCACGGAUGGGAGGCAUCAUCAUGCAAAAUUUUUUGGCUUCAUGUGCUACGGCUCUAGGUCAUCAAGGGCACAUAUCUAUAACCCUGCCACAAGACAACUUGUCACCUUACCCUUAA